AUGGAUUGGUGGACGAACAGGCACGCGCCAUGCGCUCACGGACGUUGCUACGACGGGCACGCGUCGUACAUGUGUCUAUGUGAACCGGGUUGGGGUGGACGAAACUGUUCAGUUGUUCUACGAGGCUGUGCAGAUUCACCCUGUGCUAAUAGAGGCAACUGCCUUCCUUGGCUCGCCAAUGAGACAGACCAUCGCUUCAACUGCUCGUGUGCGCCGGGAUUUUAUGGGACCACGUGUGAAAAGAUAACAACUAUGUCUCUGGAAAAGAGUAGCUUUGUGGAAGUGAACACAUCGCGUGAGGAAGUAAUUGGUAGAAGGUUUUCGUAA